AUGUGCGAGGCUGAGACGAGUGUGGCUGAGACGUGCAUGGCUGAGAUGUGCGUAGCUGAGAUGUGCAUGGCUGAGACGUGCAUGGCUGAGAUGUGCGUAGCUGAGAUGUGCAUGGCUGAGAUGUGCAUGGCUGAGAUGUGUGUAGCUGAGAUGUGCAUGGCUGAGACGUGCAUGGCUGAGAUGUGUGUAGCUGGGACGUGCAUGGCUGAGAUGUGCGUAGCUGAGAUGUGCAUGGCUGAGACGUGCAUGGCUGAGACGUACGUAGCUGAGACGUGCAUGGCUGAGAUGUGCAUGGCUGAGAUGUGUGUAGCUGAGAUGUGCAUGGCUGAGACGUGCAUGGCUGAGAUGUGCGUAGCUGAGAUGUGCAUGGCUGAGAUGUGCAUGGCUGAGAUGUGUGUAGCUGAGAUGUGCAUGGCUGAGACGUGCAUGGCUGAGACAUGCAUGGCUGAGAUGUGCGUAGCUGAGACGUGCGUAACUGAGACGUGCAUGGCUGAGAUGUGCAUGGCUGAGACGUGCAUAGCUGAGACGUGCAUGGCUGAGAUGUGCAUGGCUGAGACGUGCAUGGCUGGGACGUGCAUGGCUGAGAUGUGCAUGGCUGAGACGUGCAUGGCUGAGAUGUGUGUAGCUGGGACGUGCAUGGCUGAGAUGUGCGUAGCUGAGAUGUGCAUGGCUGAGAUGUGCAUGGCUGGGACGUGCACGGCUGAGAUGCGCAAGCUCGAGAAGCACAUGGCUGAGAUGAGUGUGGCUGAGAUGAACAUGGCUGAGACAUGCAAACUUGAGACAUGCAUGGCUGAGACGUGCACGGCUGAGAUGUGCAAGCUCGAGACAUACAUGCCUGACACAUGCGAGCUUGAGACGUGCAUGGCUGAGAUGUGCAUGGCUGAGACAUGCAUGCCUGAGACAUGCAAGCUUGAGACACGCAUGGCUGAGACAGGCAUGCCUGAGAUGUGCGUGCCUGAGAUGUGCAUGCCUGAGACGUGCAUGCCUGAGACGUGCAUGGCUUAG